AUGGUCAACUCAAGGAUUAUCUCCCUCCUGGGCAGUCUGGCCCUUCCAGUUGUUGCCUUUCACGAUUUGGAGCAGAUGCCCGAAUCUUGGUGUGUGACCUACCUGUCAACUUACCUCGUCCCCAUCUCAGCUGCCACAAACUCACCUGCAGAGAGUUCAUUCCCUGGUAGCGAGCCUUCUGCGAGCCUGGAUAUCUCCGUCACUUUGAAUCCCUCAUCCUCCCUCUCAUUCGCACCAGGUGCUACCUCCUCGUUAGUAACCACAGAGGUCGAAACAGCUCCUCCUUCUUCCACUACAGGUCCCAGCAUCCUUGACGAGCAAAUAGUUUUCCGUGUUGUUCCUGAUACCCCGGACAAUAACCGACUGCGGAAACGAGCUCUUGGAGGGUUCAUCGGCUCCCCUUCUGAGAUUUGUAACAAUGCAAAUGUGUUCAACUUGGUUGAUGGUCAGCUCUUAGAAGGCAAUGUCCCCAUUUACUUCAACGGAGAGGACUACAAGGUGUUUGGCGGCCAGCAGGGCCCUAUCUCUAGUAUUGUGUUAAAAAUUAUUAUAUAUUAA